GCUAACCUGUAACCCUCUACUUCAAGGCUGACGUCUGCUCGGAAACUGCAGUUUGGCUGCUCUCACAGCACAGAGGAGCGAGUGGACCUGAGGCAAGGAGGCCCAACAGGAGAUGUCUGUCACGGUGUGGACACUGUUGCUGCUGUUGCUGCUGCUCUGGGCUGUGCCCACAUUCCAAGCUAAGAACAUGAAGGUGGUUUCAGGCUACAAGGGGAUCGGAGAGAUGUGUCGGUACAAUUCUGAGUGUCAGAGCGACUGCUGUGUCACCAACAGCUUGAACCCACAGAAAUUCUGCACCCCCCAGACCGUGUUUUUGCAAUGUGUGUCCUGGAAGAAGCCAAACGGGUACCCCUGUGACGUAAGCACAGAAUGCCAGAGCAGGUGUUGCGUCAGGACUAGCAGCAGCCUAGACAAAUUCUGCUCAGCAAAGACCAUCUUCUUGCAGUGUGUGACUUGGCGCAAGCCCGAAGGAGACAAAUGCCAAAACCACCUUGAAUGCUGGACCCUAUGCUGCCUCCCACUGAGCGAGAACAGCCCUCCCCACUGCACAAAGCGCACCGGGCUCCUGGCCCUCUGCCUGCCGAAGGUGAGUAUGAAUGAACACGAUCUUGUGAGAACUAAAACUGGACUUCAGAGAGAUGAGAGUGCUUUGCUCACAUCCAGACUCUUUCCUUAUUUGGGUUCUGAAAAUCUGUAGGAAUUAGAGACGUCUGUUGCUUGUUGUUAAUGUGAAUUCCUUGAGUCCCACACAUGAAGCAUCCAGGGGGGAAAAUAUCACAGGAUCACUGCUCAGUUACUACACGUAAAUAAAAACAACUGAUUGACAAG